AUGGAUGCCUCGGCCGUCAAAGCUGGCAUGUGGCAGGAUAUUACUGCCGAGUUCAAGAGCUCAGUCAGUCAAUUAAACCUUGGUGAACUGCUGAAAAGUGAUCAUUUCACUCUACUCGAAGCAAUGAGUGCAAUAGAAUUAAUGGACCCCAAAAUGGAUAGUGGUAUGAUUCUUAAAAAAUGUAACAGAAAGAUAUUGAAUUUUGAUCAGUCAGUCAAGUCCGGUUUGAUCAAGAUAAACAAUCUAGAAAUUAGUGAACUAUUAGGCAUAAUUGAUGAUACUUAUUCGUGCUUAGUAACUUGGCUCGAGGGUCAUCUUCUAUCACUAACAGUCAUGACAAAUUUAUAUUUACACCAGCCUGAGAAGAUAGAAGAUCGAUGUUUACGAAUUUUCUCUCUAUCAGCUUUGAAGCUAACCAAAUUCAUCGACAAGAUGGUUUCUGUGAUUUUCUGCAUAGAGGAGGAAGAUUUUAUGCUCAAUAUGGGCAAAUUCAACCUAGACUCCCAGAUCAACGAUUCAAAAGUAUUAUGUUCGCUGGAGGACCUAUGCCAAUAUUAUGAAAGAUUAAUCGAGCAUGAUUCAAUUAGAACUCAUAAUAAUAGCCAUGGCACUAAAACAAAUAAUACCAAAACUACUAAUACAAACAACAAGCAAGCGGAUAAGCAUCAAUCAAAUUCAUCUAGUGACAUGUCUCCAUCGAAAGUGAACCUGGAACUUGACAAAUGCCAGAUAGCUGCCUUAGUAACUAGGCUUCGAUUUACAUACAACUUUUUUGCAUGUUUCCUGCACAUUCAUCGCCACAUUCUCAAAGAUGCUGUAGCUGGCAUGGAAUUUGAUAAUCAAACUGAUGCAGGAAUCUCAAGAGCAGUUAAGCUCUUCCAGAAUGAUGUCCUCCUCUGUGAUCAGCAUCUAGAGAAGUGCCUUGAACAUUUAGACCAUUGGAGUGAAACUAUCGAUAUGGGAAUCAAACCCAACCCAAAUCAAACUGAUAGCACAAGUGAGGGAAUUUAUCCAACCAUUAUGGGCUUUGAGCCACACGUAAAUCAUAAAUUAUUGCCUGCUACCUACCCCAGGUGUUCAUCCAUCAAGAGUAGACCAUCUACCAUAGAUUAUCUAAGAGAUCUUAUUAUAAGGAUGAGACAUUGUACCUCAAUUUCGGUAUCAUUUUAUCAAAAAUCCUUGAUCAAAUCAGUAGAUCUCUUUGAAAAUUUCAGCAAGUACUUCCGGCCUAGCUCAUGCGUCAUCUCUAGAUCAUUUCUUCAAACUCUGUACUUACCGGGUGUGUCGAUCAAAUUACUCAGGGAUGAAGUAGUACAAUCAAUGACUGAGUUCUGUGAACCACUCGGCCAAAUGAUGCGUAAAGACGAAGGAGGAGGAGGAGGAGGAGAGGAAGAAUCUCAAGGUGCGGAUCGGUUCAUGUUCCUUACCCAUAGUCAAAAAGCCUUCUCACAAGUUGUGAGCAUCUAUGGCCACAAUCCAUCAAGACAGCAUGAGAGAUUUUCAGAAUUAAUCACAACGUUCAAGAAUCUUCAGUAUGAAAGCGCCUUCAUCAACAGUGUAGCCUAUUCUUGGACAACCUACCACUUGGCUAGAUUAUGUAUCAAGUAUAUCCUCUCAGGCCUUGAGCUAGAAUUAUUUUCUGUCCACGAAUAUCCGUAUGUCUUUUGGUACUUAUACGAGAUUCUGUACAAAAACGAAAGAGAACAACUUGAUCUAGCUCGCCAAUUCAUCGAGGGGCAGUUACUUGCAGAGGAUGCUCAGAAGAAGGCCAAAGGUAAAAAGAAUCGCAGGAAGCAAUCUAGCACGAGUUUUCACGAUAGCAACCUGCUACGCAACGGCGCCUAUCGCUACCUGACUGGAGGAACUUUCCUCUUAACUUAUGGAUUGAAACUUCAGGGUAAAAUCAGAACUCCGUCCAUGGAUUUCACCAGUGAAGAGAUAUGCUUUGAUCAUCGAUUUGGCGCUCUAACUGGAACUAGCGUCUAUCAAUCGUACCAAAAAACGCUCAAGAGAUUGGAGAAACUGGAGCAUAUCUACCGUGAGGCGUUGGACUGUUUCUCGGAGGCCAAAGAGAUCUUCACUGUGCUAGUCCAACAUGAAGACUGUGUAAAAGUUUGCAAGGCAAACAUGGUCGUAACGAGGAUACUAUCCAGUAACUUAGAAGCUUUCAAAGAUAGAGAAGUCCAGUUUAACUUCGACACACAUCCUAGCUUUCCGACUGUGAAAUUCUAA